CCCCCUCCCCCCUCCUCCUCCUCCUCCUUCGGCCGCUACAGCAGCCGACAGCGGCUGUCCCGACCCCUGCAUCUCGGCCCAGACAUGGGGGAAAUCAUCCAGCCGCGUCGCAUGUUCCUCUGGAGCAUGGCGGUGGUCUACCUCGCUGCUUUCGUGUCUCUCUACGCGCAGAUUCCAGGUCUCUAUGGUAAUGAUGGGCUGUUGCCUGCCCGUUGGCAGCUGCGAUACAGUGGUAAGUCUCUGGGGGAGCUGCUGCUGUCCUCUCCCACCCUGCUGUGGCUGGGACCUCACCUGGGUGUGGACACGCACACCGCCAUGGAGCUGCUGUGCCUCGUGGGCGCAGCGCUGAGCCUCGCCGCCGUGCUGGUGGAGUGUCUCCGGGACAGCGUGGUGUUCUUCUGCCUCUGGGCCUUGUACCUGUCCAUGUACCAGGUGGGCCAGGUUUUUCUCUACUUCCAAUGGGACAGCUUGCUUCUGGAGGUGGGGUUCCUUUGUAUCCUCGUUGCCCCACUGACGUUGAUCAGAGGGUCACGAGGGGUCAGAGAGCAUGACCGUGUGACGUUCUGGCUGCUCCGCUGGUUGCUCUUCAGGCUCAUGUUCGCCUCUGGCGUGGUGAAACUCACGUCUCGUUGUCCCACGUGGUGGGGCCUUACGGCUCUGACGUACCACUAUGAGACUCAGUGUAUCCCCACCCAGAUGGCCUGGUAUGCCCACCAGUUGCCCGUGUGGUGGCAGAAGCUGAGUGUGGUGGGGGCUUUUGUGAUUGAGAUUGCUGCACCCCUGCUUUUCUUCAGCCCACUGCGCAGACUCCGGCUUGGGGCGUUUUAUCUUCAGGUGUUGCUUCAAGUUGCCAUCAUUUUGACUGGAAACUACAAUUUCUUCAACCUGCUGACGUUGUCCCUGUGUCUCUCGCUUCUGGACGACCAGCACGUCAACUUUUGGUUACGCAAGGCAGACAAGAUCAGCAAAAAUGACUCCAAGCUGAGGUCCUGGUUGUGUUACCUGCUGGAGGUCGCAGUCUGGUCUCUCAUGAUCUUCGGAACAAUUGUAUGCUUUGACCUUAAGCCGAAGACAACGAAUAACGGCAUCUUGUCUAGGACAGCAUUCACAUACCACCAGUUCAACCAGUUCCUCAAGACCGUCACUAUCCCCUGCAUCUGGAUUGCAGUCCUCUCUCUUACCUGGGAGAUGGUCACAGCCAUGUUCAGGUGUGCAUGUGUCUCCGGUUUCCUGAAGAGGUUUUGGGGAACUUUGCAGUGGACCGUGUUUGCCACUGCCACCGCUGCUAUGUUCACCAUCAGCCUGGUGCCUUUCACCUACAUUGAGUAUGACUCUAAUGCCAGGUUGUGGCCGGGAGUGCGGCGGGCCUAUGAGCUGGUGGAUCGCUACCAGCUGGUCAAUUCAUAUGGCCUGUUCAGAAGGAUGACCGGGGUUGGGGGGCGGCCAGAGGUUGUCAUCGAGGGAAGCAACGACAGAGUCUCGUGGACGGAGAUCGAGUUCAUGUAUAAGCCAGGCAACCUAAGCGCGUCUCCUGCCGUGGUGACGCCUCACCAGCCCAGGUUAGACUGGCAAAUGUGGUUUGCUGCGCUCGGAGAUCAAACACAGGCUCCGUGGUUCACCAGCCUGAUGUACAGACUGCUGCAGGGCAAGAGAGACGUGAUCGAGUUGAUCCAGACAGACGUCUCACAGUAUCCGUUCCACCAGCAGCCACCCGCCUACCUCCGAGCCCACCGCUACAGAUACUGGUUUACUGAACCGAAGGCUGACGGGUCCGACCCGCAGCGUUGGUGGAGAAGGGUUUAUGAUGAGGAGUUCUAUCCUACAGUCCACCUGGGCAACACCUUCCUGGAGAGCAUGCUCAAUCAGUAUGGACUCAAGGACAAAUCGGCUCCGCGUCGUAAGUCCAACACAACUGUUGCUAAAGCGGUGAGGUGGGUGCGCUCUCAGGCCAGAGGCGUCCCUACAGAGGUACUCAUCUGGACCCUCAUCGCCUGCAGUGCCACCCUGUGUCUACUCCAGGCAUUCCAAAACAGGAACAAACACCCAGAAAGGACGCCACUCACUCAGGAGGUCGCUGGGAAAAAUGAUACAGAAAAUCUACCUGAAGGCUCUGCCGACCAUUCUGGGGAGUCUGUUGAACAGCAGACUUUGGGGGAGGAGGAAGAGGAUGAAGAAGAAAAUGGGGAGGAGGGUAACAGUGAGGCGAAAAACACUGACGAUGAGAACUAGCUGGAGGUGGAGGAAAAGGAGGAAGACUGGGGGAAAAGGAUGAAAGAGAGUUUUGAAAAGAUUCAGGUAAAACCGUAGACGGAAGCGAUCACCACUGUCCUUAAUAAAAUAUUAUCUAAAUGUCCAAAGAAUUUUCUUUGUAUUUGUAAUUAUUGAUGAGGCUAUUGUGGAGUUAUUUGCCUUCUCCCACCUACCCACCCUGCUGCUGCUGCAACAUCCCUGGUUUUCUCUCAUUUAACAUUCAAUCUAAUCAGCCAAUCAAAUGUUGUGGGUUUUAUGCUUUUUUAAUUACUUUUGUCCCUUACCUCUUGCUGUAUGUACUGAACUAAAACAAAUCUUUUCUUUUUAUCACCAAUGUAUCUUGUUUUUGUUAGUUAAAAAUUAAACACAUUGAUGUAAUAUUUUUUACAUUUAUUUUAUCACAAAGUACAAUAAAAUAUAAAUGCAU